AUGUCGACAACGUCGAGACAGUCGUGGGCGCCCAACAGGCGUGUCGCCAGUCUCCAGAACGCGGAGCGCAGGGCCCGCGCCGGUUCGCGGUCCUCCCAGAUCUCGGUGCCCUUCGAAGAUGGCUACACCUUUGCCCUCCGCGUCGCCUUCCUCCACUACCUCUUGCAGCCCAAGAAGAAGCGGAAGGAGUACGUCGCCGUGCCCAAGCAGCCGCAGCGCGCGCACACCGGCAUCGGCGACCUCAUGAAGGACUUUAUGCCCACCGGCUCCAGCUCGACCAACCUCAAGCUGCCGCACAGCUUCCGGACUGCUCUGGAGAAGCGCAUGGAGGGCGUCGUCAGGGGCAUCGAGAGGCUGCCCGGAUACAACGACCCCGCCGUGAAGCGGACGUUUGGAGAGGCAUACACGGCAUUUACCGCGGGCGACUUCCGGAAGGCGAUCGACAAGGACCGCAAGAUCGAGCCGCUCAUCCUCAUCUUCUACACCUCCGCGACCAAGGCGCUGGGGAGGGGCAAGGCGCACGAUGACCACUCAUGGAAGCCCAUGGUCGACAGGCACCUGGCGCUGUUUGUGCGGCUCGUCACGAAUAUUAUUCGCGACCACGGCGGCGACGGGCGCGCGGAGCUGCUGGCGAGGCUGAAUACCCUGGAGAAGAAGCUCCUGACAAACGACCAGGACCUCUACAUCGACACUGGCCAGGACGGGGAGCACAAGACGAUCGAGGUCGAGAUACCCCUGAGCUACGAAGUCAAGGACAUGCACAUGGUUCAGAUCGUGGCAAAGAUCUUCGGACGGACGCUUUCGCAGGCGCAGGCGGAUCUCGAGCCGAACAUCGCGGAAUGGACCGAAGAGGCUGCCCUCAAGGACCUCAAGGCGUACCAGCACCGGCUCAACUCUAAUAUGGCAGGGGCAUUGAGACGACAGGACUUUGACGUCGACGAGGCGUUUGACGAGUGGAAGAAGGCCGAGGGCCCGUAUCUGUCGCAGAUGAUGCUUGAGAUCCUGAGUGUCAAGCCCGAGCUGGCGAGGAUGUCGACGGGCAAUUUCGAGAAACCUCUGCCGCUGCGCCCCCAGUCGAUGUAUAGCGAGGACCAGGCCUACAGCGACUUGAGCAAGAUGGUGACAAACCCGGACGUGCAAUUCGAUCCCUCUCUUAGCAUGAGCUCCCUGUCGAUAGACGAAAAUGCCAGCGUCGACGAGGCUAGCUACACGUUCAUCCCCCCUGACCCACGCGCUUUCUACAAGUUCGUGCUCAAGCACGCCAUGUCUUAUGACCAGCUGCACCCCGACGAGCCUGCCCCGGGAGAACCACUGUCUAGGCAAUCUACAGAGCUGUUGGUCCAGCUGGCCGUGUAUUGGCGCCUGCCCCAGUUCACGCGAGAUGUGUCGAUGGCAGAGGUUGCAGCGCAAAAGUUUCUCGACCAGGAGCUCACGGUAGAGGAGCUCUAUGGCAUAUUUGAUGUCAUCAAGGAAGUCCCCAUCCCGGAACCAAAGAAACCGCCUUUCAUCCAGCACUAUGGCCUCCCUCUGGAUCAAAUUCCCAGAUCCAGGUGGACGAUGCAAGACUUUGCGGCGUUUCAGCAGAUACUUAGCAACCUGCACCAAGCAUUGUUAAGAGACCUGCUCGAAGUGGCUUCGAGGUGUUUCGAGCCAAAGGCCCCGUCGGUCGGACCUGUACUGAUGUUCAUCAUGAAUCACAUUCGCAGUGAUGAGGCAUUCUCACCCCGCCCGGGCGACACCGAGCAGGUGACGGAGCAUCUACGUAAUGCUCUCAUCGAGAAGGCUGCUGCUGUGUACCGAGAGUUUUUGGACUCUCACAUCCCGCAGAGUCAGGAAGAGUGGGACUUUAGCCACGUCGUCAAGCUUGGCAAAGCUGUCGUCGGCCUCUGCGAGAGGAUCAGGAAGAGAUAUAGGAAGAACCCCGAGAUCAUGGGCGUCAGCCCCUUCAAGGUUCUCGCGACCAGCAUCUUCCCCAACUUUGAGGAGGAUGCGCACGCCAUCAUCCAGCGUGUCAUUGAAGUGGCUAAGGACCGCGGAUUAGAGGUCAACCUUCAGGAUGGGUUCGAUCUGUACAAGGAGCUGGUCGAGAUACGCAAACUCCACGUGGCAGCCCUGCCCCAGAAGCCGUUCGCCUUCCACAUCGAGAAUGUGCUGGACGAGUUCGUGUGGCGGUGGAUCAGGGGGGCAGAAACCCGGAUGCGGGACUUUGUCGACGAGGCUAUCAAGCAGGAUAACUUUCAAGUCCGUGCAAAUAGCCCGGAGGGGAUACCGCUGGAUGCAGAGCGGCACAGCGUCUCCAUCAUCGACAUGUUCCAGCUGUUCAACCAGACGGUGGACCAGGUAUACCAGCUGGAGUGGAACGACGAGGUCCACCACGCGAGAUUCAUGACCGCGCUCUCCAAGGCCUUUGCUUCAGGCAUCGGCCGGUACUGCGAGAUCGUCGAGCAGCAAUUUGCAAGAGAGAUGGACAGGCCGUCGGCGCAGGAGCUGGCUUCGGCGAGCAAGACCACCCAGGAACGGUUCAUGCAGUAUGCCAAGGAUGCGUUGAGCACCAAGGAAAAGGUUGAGCCUUACCAGUUCUUGCCAGAGUCAUUUGUCAAACUCAACAACAUCGAAUAUGCCAUGCAGGCUCUCGACAAGCUCGAAAAGACAGUCAAUGUCGAUGGCUGUGCUGACGUGAUCCGCCAGGUCGAUGGACCUCCCAAGCCCAUCGACCGGCGGAACGCUAAAUACGUCUUCACCAUCAAGAUCGUAGAGGCCGAGGACCUGAAGGCCUGCGACCCGAAUGGCUUUAGUGACCCCUAUGUCGUGCUGGUGGAUGAGUACCAGAAGCGUCUGGCCAAGACGCGCAUCAUCAUGAGGAACCUGAACCCGCGGUGGGACGAGUCCGUUGACAUCACCGUGACCGGCCCGCUGAACAUCAUCGCCACGAUCUGGGAUUAUGAUACCUUUGGCGAUCACGACUUUGUGGGCCGCACCUCGCUCAAGCUGGACCCUAUCCACUUCAGUGACUACCUACCUCGCGAGUUCUGGCUGGAUCUCGAUACGCAGGGCAGGUUGCUGCUUCGUGUGAGCAUGGAGGGGGAGCGUGAUGACAUACAAUUCCACUUUGGCAAGGCCUUUAGGCAUCUGAAGAGGACCGAGAGGGACAUGGUCCGGAAGGUCACUGAUAAGUUGGUCACUCACAUCAACGCUUCUCUGUCCCACGAGGCGCUGCGAAACUUGCUGAGCCGAGGCAUCGCGGGCUCCAUGGCGGCGCUGUGGCAGAAGCGGACGUCCAAGGCCCCGGCCAUCACGCAAGCGGACAUUGAGAACGCGCUCCAGUCGCUGUUCACCUACUUUGACGAGAACUUCGCCAUCAUGAAGCAGACGCUCACGGACGCGACGAUGCUGGCCGUCAUGACGCGCCUCUGGAAGGAGGUGCUCAUGGCGAUCGAGAACCUGCUCGUGCCGCCGCUGUCGGAGAAGCCGUCGACGCAGAAGCCGCUGACGCAGUCGGAGAUGGACGUCGUGUACCGCUGGCUGCAGCUGCUGUUCGAGUUCUUCAACGCCAAGGACGACAGCAGCGGCGAGGUGCUGGGCGUGCCGGCCGACGUGCUCAAGUCGCCUAAGUGGCACGAGCUGGCGUCGCUCAACUUCUUCUACUUUGACAGCACGGACAACCUGAUCCGCACGUCGGAGCGCAUGGCGGCGGCGACGGCGCAGCGCGCGCAGCAGCAGCUCCAGGCGGCGAACAACAUCUCGGCGCAGGGCCACCAGCGCCUCCUGUCGGCGCCGGCGGCGCUCGGCGGCGCCGCGGGCGGGCUGGGCGCCGCGGCGUUCGCGAGCAUGGGCACGAUCCGCCGGGGCAAGAGCAUCAUGAUGAGCCGCAACCUGGGCACGAUGCGCAAGGCCAAGGAGGAGAAGCGGCGCGAGGCGCAGGCGGACCCCUCGGACGACAUGAUCCUGCGGAUCCUGCGCAUGCGGCCCGAGGCCGCGGGGUACCUGCGCGAGCGGCACCGGCAGAAGGAGAGGAUGGCGGCGCACGCUGCCGCGGCGAUGAUUGAAGUUCUGCAGCACCACGCUGUGAAUCCGAGAAUCUCUCGGGAAAAGGGGUUGCGACCAUCUUGCUUCUGCCAGCGGCGUGCAGCAAAGUUCCUAGGCUCAAGCACAGCGCCUUCCGUAGUGGUGGGCCGAAUAGCCAAGGUUCAGCGACGAGCCACGAGGCUGGGACGCCUAAAAGGGCCGCUGAGUCCCGGACAACCGGCUGCUGGCUUCCUCUCUCCCCCUUUCCCUCCCUCCCCCCAGUACAAUGCUGUUGCCGCUACCGCAGACAGCACAGCGAGCACGCCUCCACUUACCAAAACUGCUGGCCCCGGCACGAACACACCAGAGGCAGAGGGCGGUUCUCCAAGUGCCGUUGGACCACUGCCAGCUGCAGCGGCGAUCGGUGCACAACUGGCGCGGGCGGGUCGCCAAUCACGCAAGCGGCUUUGGGGGUGUCGUCACCCUGGCGCCACAGCAGCAGAAACAGCUGGAGCCCCAGAAGCAGAUAGGGACUACAGGGACCAUGGCGAGGCGGCCUGGGCCUGGGUCUGGGUCUGGGCAGCAACCCACCACACUACUAAGAGAAACGUCGACACCGCCGGCGCAAAUAGUGCCACCGCCAGCAGGGCCUCUGCCUUUCCACCCGCUUCAAUCUCUUCCUCGUCCCUAUUGACAAACAUCUCUUCGCAAAGGAAGUCUGUCUCAUCACUCCAGCGCACUGCUCAGAUAGCUCGUCACUUUUCCCAGUCGAGCUCUUCUCUCUCCCCGUCGUCUUCCCCUCCAGCCGCUCCAGCCUCCGAGUACAUCCCGUCGCUCGAAAAGUCAAAGGACACGAUGGCCUCCUCCGCCUACAAGGUGCGCAAGGUCGCUGCGCCCAACACCCUCGAGCACCGCGUCUACAUCGAGAAGGAUGGCGUCCCCGUCUCUCCCUUCCACGACAUCCCCCUCUACGCCAACCAGGAGCAGACCAUCCUGAACAUGGUCGUCGAGAUCCCCCGCUGGACCAACGCCAAGCUCGAGAUCUCCAAGGAUGAGCUCCUCAACCCCAUCAAGCAGGACAUCAAGAAGGGCAAGCUCCGCUACGUCCGCAACUGCUUCCCCCACAAGGGCUACCUGUGGAACUACGGUGCCUUCCCUCAGACCUGGGAGGACCCCAACGCCAUCCACCCCGAGACCAAGGCCAAGGGCGACAACGACCCGCUCGAUGUCUGCGAGAUUGGUGAGCUCGUCGGCUACACCGGCCAGGUCAAGCAGGUCAAGGUCCUCGGCGUCAUGGCUCUCCUUGACGAGGAGGAGACCGACUGGAAGGUCAUUGUCAUUGACGUGAACGACCCCCUGGCCCCCAAGCUCAACGACGUUGAGGAUGUCGAGCGCCACCUGCCCGGUCUGCUGCGCGCCACCAACGAGUGGUUCCGUAUCUACAAGAUCCCGGAUGGAAAGCCCGAGAACCAGUUCGCUUUCACUGGCGAGUGCAAGAACAAGAAGUACGCCAUGGACGUCAUCCGCGAGUGUGCUGAGGCCUGGGAGAGGCUCAUCACUGGCAAGACCCAGCCUGGCAGCAUCUCGACCACCAACCUGACUGUGGCCCACUCGCCCAGCCGUGUCAACCCCGACCAGCUGCCUCCCCUGCCGGCCAACGAGGAGCUGGCUCCUGCCAAGAUUGAUGCCUCCAUCGACAAGUGGUUCUUCAUCAGCGGCGCCUCGGCAUGA